AAAAAAAAAGUCUCUCCGCCAGAUUUGCGAACCCCAGCACAUACACCCCACUCCACACACACGCCAAGCAACCCACACGCCAACCAAUACACAACCGGCGCAAAGUUCUACCCAGGUGACAGUUGAGCUUCCCCGAGCCGCGUUUCAACUUUUCGGAACCAGCCCUUCCCGCUAACAUCUACGAGAGACUGCCAAGCAAGCCGCCACGCAGAGAACAGCUCCUUCGGCCAGGAUGAGGCCCUGUUCUACCAUGACUCUUGUUGCCGCGGCCUCCGGAGCCUUCCUGGCGAGCGUGCCGGCUGUCGAUGGCGUUAAGGCUAUCUUCGAUUUGCGAACCGGGGACGACUACGAGAGCGACAACAACUGCGCGGACUCCGAGGCUAGGAAGGUGCGCUAUCUGCAGAUCGAGGGGUUCGACUACAACUCGUCGCCUUGGAUGCAAAUGACGUGGAGGCAAUUGACCGAUGAGUGCGGCAACGCCGUCACGGACGGUUUUUCCGAAACCGUAACUUACGACGGCGAUUCCAUCGAAGACGGAGACCGGCUGCAGAUGGACAUGUACAUCUGCGCCCCCUGGGGAAACUACGAGCUGGAACUCGUCUCCAAGAGCACCAACGGCGGUAACGCCAUGGAGAAGAUCGCGUGGGAGGUCGAGUACGGCCCUGACGAGUACCACAUCUGGGACACCCUGAACACUCCCUUCUUCGACGACAGCCUGGACUACGCCCCUAUCCCCUCCGGCAGCGGAGAGGAGGAAACAUUCACCUUUCCUCUGGAGGGCUCCGAGGGGUACUACUCGGUCAUGUACUCGGGACCGUUCCCUCCGCUGGAAUGCAGCAACCUGCACCCCUCCGGCAUCACGUACGAGGGGUGCUACAGCGCGGGGAUAUUCGGCACCGCCGACGGGCCCACAGGUAGCGCCAACGAUGCCGACCCGGCCGAGAACUACCGCAUGUUCGACGGCAUCGACGACGACGGGGUGAAUGCUGACAAGGUCAUGACGCUGGAGAAAUGCGCGGCCACCUGCACAGCUCAAGGAACGCAGUACUUCGGUCUCGAGUCCGCGGUCAAGUGCCUGUGCGGCGACGAGCUGGUGGGCAGCCCUACCGACGAUGUCUAUGGCGACGGGGGCUCCGUGUGCGGCAUCGACAUCACGUUCGGCGGCGACGUCCCCGAGUACAAGUACCUGUGUUCCGGCGACUCCCGCGUGCUGUGCGGCACCGACGACCAUAUCUCGGUGUACUCCCUUGACGGCAGCACCGGUGGCGGCGACGACGACUCCGGCGACCCUCCCGUCGGCUCCGAGCUUAUCGGAUGCGUUGCCGACAGCCAAGACGAUCGGGUGAUGUCUGAGGGACCGAUGUCGGCCGCCACCAUGUCCGCGGAGAUCUGCCUCGGGAUUUGCUCUGAAAUGGACUCGUCGUACACCCACUUCGGCACCCAGUACGGGGAAGAGUGCUGGUGCACAGGAUCGCUCGGGACAACCGAGACCUCCACCGCCUGCACCUACCCCUGCGCUGGAAACGCUGGCGAAACCUGCGGCGGCUUCGACGCCCUCACUCUGUACGAAAUCAUCUCCGAAGCCCCUCCUACGCCGGCGCCAUUGACUCCGCCGGGACCCAUGCCCGCGCCGGCCAGUCCCGUGGUCCCCUCCGGCGACUACGACUUCGUCGACUGUGUUGCCGACAGCCAAUCCUCUAGGGUGAUGCCUGUAGGACCGCUCGCGGAGGCCGUCAUGUCUGCGGAGAUCUGCUUCGGGAUUUGCUCUGCCCAAGACGACUCGUACACCCACUUCGGCACCCAGUACGGGGAAGAGGAUCUCUCGGGACAACCGAGACCUCCACCGACUGCACCUACCCNCGAGACCUCCACCGCCUGCGUCUACCCCUGCGCUGGAAACCCUGAGGAGAUCUGCGGCGGCUUUGACGCCCUUUCCGUGUACGAGAUCGUCGCCGACAUUCCUUCCCCUCCUACGACCGCGCCAACUCUCCCCGCCCCUCGUACGCCCGCGCCGGCCAGCAUCGUCUCCGACGACUACGAGGUCAUCGGCUGUGUGGCCGACAAUCAAGCCGCCAGGGUGAGAAUCGAAGUAGUUGUCGUCUUCGGUGUCCUUGGUGCGGCAAUGUUGAAGUGUUACGACCUACUUGUGCCACCACCGGCUGUGGUGUCUAAAGUGGUGUUCCUGGCUGCUUAG